UUGUUACAAAGUGCGAUGUUUGCAACUUUGGCCGCCUUGAUGCAAUAGUGGGCUUCCUGUCCUCAAUUUAGGAGCCACAGGUUAGAAAAAACUAAAUACUAAAUAGUAUAUGGGUGCAAGGUUAUAUAUUCAGUAAGUUCUCUGCUUGUUCUGCACAUUGGCAACAUGGCUCCCAGAGGGACGAUCGCCAUGACAACUGUUCUCCUCUGCUUCAUACUGGGCCUGCUCGGUCCAACUCCAGCUGCCCUGGGUUCCCAUAUGGGCAAAGCCUGCUGUACGAGGUACAAUAGAAAGCCAGUACCCUUCCAGCGUAUAAAGGGCUUCAGAGAGCAAACCACCAAGGAAAACUGCCACAUCGAGGCCAUCAUUUUCUACACUGUUAAGAAGCAUGAGAUAUGUGCUACACGGAGGGAUGAGUGGGUGAGGAAAACUCUGGAACUACUCAGUUCCAAACUAAGGAAGAUGUCCAGGCCCGGCUCUGCUGCAGGAGAAAGAAACAGAGAAGCUGGAGGAUCUUUCGGCAGUACCACAGAAACCAUCCGGAACAGCGCCGAAGCUUUCUAUUAGCAAAAACCAGGUUGUGAUUUAAAAAAAGAUAUCUGUAAUGGAAUCGUUUGUGUUAUAGAAAUGCCAAUUUGAGGUAACAGUUGAGAGGAAUUGAAUUAAGUAUAAUCCAGUCACAUUUGGGGAUAUUUACUCUUAACAAAA